CUCAGUCAGCUGGGGGAGAAACAGGGGAAGGUUUCCGACAAAGUGCAGUUCUAAGUGUACGUUAAAUGAACAAACGAACGAGAGAAAAAGGAGAGUGAAGUAAUGCUGUUUUGUUCUGCUGCUGCGGCCUCGGCUGGCGGAGCGCCAUCUGCCCAGCGGAGCAGGUCGCUGCGGCCGGGCGGCCGGACAGUCCUGUCCGCUCGGCAGGUGGAGGGCGGGCCGGCUAAGGCGGCAGUGUCAGCUCCGGCGCAGGCGCUCCCCUCCCCGCGGCAGCACAGGAGACCUGGGUCCUUGUCGCUGAAAAAAUAGACUCUGGAGAAAAACCCUCCCUGUCCUCAUGCAGCCGCGGGCCGAGGAGCUGUGAUGGCUUCUCCGGGCGUCGCCCCGGCUCCCUUGGGGUCCCGAUGGCGUCACGUGGUGGUGGGGCUUUUAAAAGUUAGUCAUUAAAAAACGUGUUGAUUUUCUUCUGAAUACCAAGUCUCCUUAUUGGUUUUAAAUAGCUUAUAACAAAAGUGUAAUGUUAGGGUGUCCCAGGCACGGGAUCGGGAGCGGCCCGUGGAGUCGGAGCGCACCAUGGAGGCGGCGGCGGGCGGUCGCGGCGGCUUCCAGCCGCACCCGGGGCUGCAGAAGACGCUGGAGCAGUUCCACCUGAGCUCCAUGAGCUCGCUGGGCGGCCUGGCCGCCUUCUCGGCGCGCUGGGCGCAGGAGGCCUACAAGAAGGAGGGCGCCAAGGAAGCGGGCGCGGCCGCGGUGCCGGCGCCGGUCCCUGCGGCCGCCGAGCCGCCGCCCGUGCUGCACCUGCCCGCCAUCCAGCCGCCGCCGCCCGUGCUGCCCGGGCCCUUCUUCAUGCCGUCCGACCGCUCCACCGAGCGCUGCGAGACCGUCCUGGAGGGCGAGACCAUCUCGUGCUUCGUGGUGGGCGGCGAGAAGCGCCUGUGCCUGCCGCAGAUCCUCAACUCGGUGCUGCGCGACUUCUCGCUGCAGCAGAUCAACUCGGUGUGCGACGAGCUGCACAUCUACUGCUCGCGCUGCACGGCCGACUGGCUGGAGAUCCUCAAAGUCAUGGGCAUCCUGCCCUUCUCGGCGCCCUCGUGCGGGCUCAUCACCAAGACGGACGCGGAGCGCCUGUGCAACGCGCUGCUCUACGGAGGCGUCUACCCGCCGCCCUGCAAGAAGGAGCUGGCCGCCAGCCUGGCGCUGGGCCUGGAGCUGCGCGAGCGCAGCGUGCGCGUGUACCACGAGUGCUUCGGCAAGUGCAAGGGGCUGCUGGUGCCCGAGCUCUACAGCAGCCCGAGCGCCGCCUGCAUCCAGUGCCUCGACUGCCGCCUCAUGUACCCGCCGCACAAGUUCGUGGUGCACUCGCACAAGGCCCUGGAGAACCGGACCUGCCACUGGGGCUUCGACUCCGCCAGCUGGCGGGCCUACAUCUUGCUGAGCCAGGACUACACAGGCAAGGAGGAGCAGGCCCGCCUGGGCCGCUGCCUGGACGACGUGAAGGAGAAGUUCGACUACGGCAACAAGUACAAGCGGCGGGUGCCCCUGGUCUCCUCUGAGCCCCCCGUCUCCAUCCGAAAAACAGACGAUGCUCCCUCCCAGCACCCCACGUCUUCUGAGAAGGACAAACAGUCCAGCUGGCUGCGGACCCUGGCCAGCUCCUCCAGCAAGAGCCUGGGCUGUGCUCACCCUCGCCAGCGCCUCUCCGCCUUCCGACCCUGGUCCCCUGCCGUCUCUGCCAGUGACAAGGAGCUCUCCCCCCACCUCCCAGCCCUGAUUCGCGACAGCUUUUACUCCUACAAGAGCUUCGAGACCGGUGUGGCCCCCAACGUGGCCGUGGCCCCACCGGCCCAGCAGAAGGUGGUGAGCAGCCCGCCAAGUGCCACCAUCGUCUCCCGGGCCCCCGAGCCCCUCGCCACCUGCAUCCAGCCGCGGAAGCGGAAGUUGGCAGUGGACAUGCCUGGGGCCACAGAGACACAGGCGCCCACAGUCACCCCGGAGGACGACAAGGACUCAGAGGCAGAGGUGGAGGUGGAGAGCAGAGAGGAAUUCACCUCCUCCCUGUCCUCGCUCUCCUCUCCGUCCUUUACCACAUCACCUUUAUUCACUACCUUGGGGACCGGCACCUCUCAGGUUCCGCCGCCCAGGAAGCCGCAUCCAGAACAGUGA